GACCCUGCAAGUACAGUCAAGCAGAUGUGGAUCCGUAGUCCACAUCCUGAUUCUCUCUGCUAGGACGAAAUGCACGUAACAAAAGGGCUUGGCUUUCUUUUGUGCGCCCUGGCCGCACUAUCCACCACAGAUGCAGGAUUAUUAAGGAAAGAGAGGUCAGUGUUAUAUGGACGUUCAAGAGGAAUCUGCCAAAAUGGGGGCACAUCUGUUGCAUCUUUGCUAGGAGGAGAUCACUUGUUUUGCUUGUGCCCUGAUGGUUUUGUAGGUGACAACUGUGAAACUGAUUCCAGUGACAGCUGUAUUAUCGGCAUGGGGCUGUACUACAGAGGCACCAGGUCCAAAUCAAGGAGCGGGAGAACAUGUCUGGAAUGGGACUUGCAUACCAGAGAGUCCUUCUUGACAUCGGAUGUGAAUUCAGGAAGACACAACUACUGCAGAAAUCUACAGUUCAGACUGCGUCCCUGGUGUUACGUCUGGAAGAAUGGCGCCCGUGCCCGAGAGUAUUGCAGAAUUCCCCGCUGCAACGUUCAACCAGGUGAUUCUUCGGAAGAUCCUUCCCCAACUUUGAAUCCAUCCCCCGAACCACCAAAAGCAUCAACAUGUGGCCGGCGAAACAGCAGGCAGAUGAAGAUCGUGGGCGGGACCAUAGCCACUGUGGAAUCCCAUCCCUGGGUGGCUGCAAUAUUUUGGAUUAGCAAAUCCAGGCAGAGGGUAUUCCGGUGCGGGGGAAGCCUGAUCUCCCCCUGCUGGGUGUUGACGGCCGCCCAUUGCUUCCCGGAAGGUGCGGCGACCAAAGCUCGACGCCUAUCCGUCAUUUUGGGGAAGAGUGCAUUGAACGAGACCGUGCCAUACUCCGAGCAGGCGUUCCGGGUGGAUGAAGUGUUUGUCCACGAGGCUUUUGACAACAGCGAUGGGAACUACAACAAUGACAUUGCUCUGCUAAGGUUGAAGGGGAGGCCUGGGCAGUGUGCAAAUGAGACCAGGACGGUCAGGACGGUCUGUCUGCCACCGCCUGGAGAUAGGCUUCAGUCAGGGAUCCAAUGUGAGAUAGCAGGCUAUGGAAAAGAGCAGCAAGGCCUGUGGUAUAACUCCCAGUACCUCCGACAAGGCAAGGUCCUUCUCUUGGCUCAGGAUGUGUGUCAGGAUAAGGACUACUAUGGCCACCUGAUCACAGGGAAUAUGUUUUGUGCUGCUCGUCCCGAUUGGAGUCAGGAUGCGUGUGAGGGAGACUCAGGAGGACCGCUGGUGUGUGAAGUAGAUGACAGGAUGUACCUCUUCGGCAUCGUCAGCUGGGGCGACGGUUGCGCAAGGGAGAACCGGCCAGGUGUGUACACCAUGGUAACCAAUUACAACCAGUGGAUAGCCGAGAAAACCGGCCUAUCCUCCUUCACAGCGAGCCCCAUGCUGGCUCCUGAGAAGUGAACUCCUCACAAUACACACUAUAUCUGCUGUCGGAGUGUGUCUGAAUGUGUGUGUGUGUGUGUGUGUGUGUGUGUGUGUGUGUGUGUGUGUGUGUGUGUGUGUGUGUGUGUGUGUGUGUGUGUGAUGCAUUUCGUGCUGGCUGCGAUUCAUUCAGUGCGGAAUGUAGGCAGUGCCGUGGUUGGUUUUAAGUGGGUUUGAGUUUGGUUUUUGUGUUGAUAUUUUAAGCGAUUAUUAUUUUUGAGAAAUAUUUUUGUACUUCAUUGUAGAUGUUUUUGCUUCACUCUUAUGCUGCUUUUCAAUUGAAUAAAUGUGUUUAUAUUUUCCAA